UUACCAAAAAUUUACAAAAAAAAGAGAGAGUUUAAAAAUGAAGAACAAUAAUACUGCAUCUACACCAGUCGAUAAUGGAGGAUUAGGUCAUUGGAACUCUCCUCUUCCUUACCUCUUUGUCGGGUUAGCUCUGAUGUUAGGACUUAUUGCCAUGGCACUCAUGCUUCUAGCUUGCUCCUACCCCAAAUCACCACCGUCCAAUCAUUCUGAUGAAAAAUCUUACGAUGAUCGUAAUAGAUUAGGGUUUGAGAUGGAAAUGGAGCCGAAGAUUGUUGUUAUAAUGGCGGGUGAUCAUAACCCUACUUACUUGGCCAAGCCGGCAGCAGUUACUUAAUCAAUAUAAUUACUUGAAUAAAUCGAUAUUAUCUAGAUUUUAGGCCUUGCUUAAUUAGCUUGAAAUUGCUAAUACGAUUCUAUAAUUUUUUAAAUUUUUUAAUCUGUUUGUUCUAGUUUGGAAUUUCGUUGUUAUGUUUUGUGAAUAUAUGUAUUUUAUGUAAAUUGAUGAGAGCUCAAAGAGAACCUUUUCUUGUA